AUGGAAAAGCUUGCCACAGAGCAACAAAUCAAGUCGCUUCUCAUCCGUGAGCGAUACUAUCGCGACACCUGCCAGUGGGAGAAAUUGCGUGGCAGUUAUCACCCAGACGCUUCCCAGACACAUAUUGAAAUCUCAUGGUUCCAAGGCGAUAUUGAUGGAUUUGUGGCCGGCUCGGAGGGUAUGACGACAGGUGGAACGGGUGCAAUUCAUACGAUCUGUCCCGUGGAAGUACAUGUAAAUGGAAACAAGGCUAUGUCGGAGUCAACAGGGUCCAUAUCCAUUCGGUUCAGCUUCAACGGGGUGGAGUAUGACUGUGUGUCCUUGACUCGCUUUAUCUCCCGUUUGGAAUAUGUUGAUUCGGAGUGGAAGUUGUUGACUCUGGAGGCAAUUUAUGAUCGAGACUAUAUCACCCCAACGGUUCCAGUCUCAGCCCCUGUGGAAAUUCCUUUGCUGAAAGAGGGCAGAGCCAGUUAUAAGUGUAUUUCAUGGCUUCUCUCGCAGAAGGGCUUCAAGAUCAAACAGGAUCUCCCCGGUGUUGAUGAUCCUGCUAGUUGUAACAAAUUGAUGGAGGAAAGCCUGAAUUAUUUGCACUGA